AUGCACUUCUCUGCUAUCAUCGCUGCUGCCCUGACAGGCCUUGCUGUCGCCUCGCCUGCUCACCACUUUCACGACAAUCAGACGGCUCAAAUUGCUUAUACGUAUUCCAACGGCACCUACACCAAGCCAAUUAACGUCAAAGUCAACAGCGGCACCCAAAAGCUGCCAUCCACUGGCAUCGUCACUGACGUCUUCGUCGCGCCCCCCUUUGACGGCCGCCACUACGUCCUCACUUCGUGCUCUUUCCAGGCUCCUACUAACAAGAGCCUUGGGGCCGUCUCUGUCCGCAAGCCGACGACUGUGCCGGUUCACCCGCCUGCUGCGGUUGGCUAUGUGACUUGCAAGUCCAACUAG